AAACUGCCCAGAGUAGCGCAAAGAAAAAAACAAAAUGCCUUCUAAAUCGAACUACCUGCUGCUCUUUCCUUUCCUUCUCUGCCACACAACAAUAUUGGCAUCUGAUCCGGAUCCGGUUCAAGAUUUCUGCAUACCCGACACGAAACCCGGCAUACCCGACACGAAACCCGGUUCCAGAAGACCGGCCCGGUUCAACAUUCCCCCAUGCAAGAACUCCUCCGAAGCAACCCCAGAUGAUUUCGUGUUUUCCGGCAUUAAAGCCGCCGGGAACUUCUCCGACACCGGCUUGUCCACCAUACCCGUAAACCCGACACGGUUUCCGGGUCUGAACACCCUGGGCAUGUCGUUUCUGCGAGCGGAUCUCGCGGUUGGCGGCAUCAACGCUCCGCACUUCCACCCGAGAGCCACAGAGAUAGUGUAUGUGGUGCAGGGAUCGGUUUAUUCGGGUUUCGUGGAUUCAACGAACCGGGUAUUCGCGAAGGUGAUCAGGUCGGGUGAGGUCAUGGUGUACCCACGGGGCCUAGUGCACUUCCAAAUGAACGUGGGGGAGUCGCCGGCGACGGUAUUCGGGUGCUUCAACAGCCAAAACCCGGGUUCUCAGAAGAUCCCAUCUGCCAUAUUCGGGUCGGGUAUUAAAGAUGACCUCUUGGAGAAGGCUUUCGGGUUGAGCCACAGGCAGGUCGCGGCAAUGAGGAGAAGGCUUGCGCCCAAACGGCUGGAGGAUGACUUGAUUACCUGAGGCUGCGGGCGGAGGACGAGGAAGGGCAUUUUGGUAAUUUUAUGGGUGGGUUUCUUAUUGCAUUGGAUUUUCUUUUGCGAUUGCGGAUGCAGGGUCCUGUUUGGUUACCGCAUUAUUUUGCUUUGAGUUGUGGUGGGUUGAUUUUCUUUUGUGAUUUUUUAUUUUUUUGAGGCAUGGCUAGUGUUUAUUUUAAAAAAAUAAAAAUGUGAAAAUGUUUUUCUCUUUC